UGGCGGGGUCCUGUGAGCUGGGGAGAUGUUGAAGUUCAAGUAUGGAGCACGGAAUCUGCUGGACGCUGGUGCUGCUGAACCCAUUGCCAGCCGGGCUUCCAGGCUGAAUCUUUUCUUCCAGGGGAAACCACCCUCGAUGACUCAACAGCAGAUGUCUGCUCUCUCCCGAGAAGGGAUAUUAGAUGCCCUCUUUGUUCUCUUUAAAGAGUGCAGUCAGCCUGCUCUGAUGAAGAUUAAGCACGUGAGCAACUUUGUCCAGAAGUAUUCCAGCAUCAUCACUGAGUUACAGGAGCUCCAGCCUUCAGCAAAAGACUUUGAAGUCAAAAGUCUCGUGGCUUGCGGUCACUUUGCCGAAGUGCAGGUGGUGAGAGAGAAAGCGACUGGGGACGUCUAUGCCAUGAAAGUCAUGAAGAAGAAGGCCUUGCUGGCCCAGGAGCAGGUUUCAUUUUUUCAGGAAGAACAGAACAUAUUAUCUCGGAGCACAAGCCCUUGGAUCCCCCAAUUACAGUAUGCCUUUCAGGACAAAAAUAACCUUUAUCUGGUCAUGGAAUAUCAGCCUGGAGGGGAUUUGCUGUCACUUUUGAAUAGAUAUGAGGACCAAUUGGAUGAAAAUAUUAUUCAGUUUUACCUAGCCGAACUGAUUUUGGCUGUUCACAGCGUUCAUCAGAUGGGAUACGUACAUCGAGACGUCAAGCCCGAGAACAUCCUCAUUGACCGGACGGGACACAUGAAGCUGGUGGAUUUUGGAUCAGCUGCAAAAAUGAACUCAAAUAAGAUGGUGAAUGCCAAACUCCCGAUCGGGACCCCAGAUUACAUGGCCCCUGAAGUGCUGACCGUGUUGAACGGGGAUGGAAAAGGUGUCUACGGCCUUGAGUGUGAUUGGUGGUCGGUGGGAGUUAUCGCUUAUGAGAUGGUUUACGGAAGGUCCCCGUUCACCGAGGGAACCUCAGCCAGAACCUUCAGUAACAUCAUGAAUUUCCAGCGGUUUUUGAAGUUUCCAGAUGACCCCAAAGUUAGCAGUGAAUUACUUGAUCUGAUCCAAAGUUUGUUGUGUGGCCAGAAAGAGAGGCUGACGUUUGAAGGCCUUUGCUGUCAUCCUUUUUUCUCUAAAAUCGACUGGAAUAACAUUCAUAACUCUCCUCCCCCCUUCGUUCCCACCCUCAAGUCUGACGAUGACACCUCCAAUUUCGAUGAACCAGAGAAGAAUUCAUGGGUUUCAUCCUCUCCGUGCCAGCUGAACCCCUCAGGUUUCUCGGGCGAAGAACUGCCGUUUGUGGGGUUUUCGUACAGCAGGGCUUUGGGAAUUCUUGGUAGAUCUGAGUCUGUUGUGUCAAGUCUGGACUCCCCUGCCAAGACUAGCUCCAUGGAAAAGAAACUUCUCAUCAAAAGCAAAGAGCUGCAAGACUCCCAGGACAAGUGUCACAAGAUGGAACAGGAAAUGACCCGGUUACAUCGGAGAGUGUCAGAGGUGGAGGCUGUGCUUAGUCAGAAGGAGGUGGAGCUGAAGGCCUCUGAGACUCAGAGAUCCCUCCUGGAGCAGGACCUUGCUACCUACAUCACAGAAUGCAGUAGCUUAAAGCGAAGUUUGGAGCAAGCACGGAUGGAGGUGUCCCAGGAGGACGACAAAGCACUGCAGCUUCUCCACGAUAUCAGAGAACAGAGCCGGAAGCUCCAAGAAAUCAAAGAGCAGGAGUACCAGGCUCAGGUUGAGGAAAUGAGGCUGAUGAUGAACCAGCUGGAAGAGGACCUCGUUUCGGCCAGAAGACGGAGUGAUCUCUACGAGUCAGAACUGAGAGAGUCCCGGCUGGCCGCCGAGGAGUUCAAGCGGAAGGCGACGGAGUGUCAGCAUAAACUGAUGAAGGCUAAAGAUCAAGGGAAGCCUGAAGUGGGAGAAUAUUCCAAACUGGAGAAGAUCAAUGCUGAGCAGCAGCUCAAAAUUCAGGAGCUCCAAGAGAAGCUGGAAAAGGCUGUCAAAGCCAGCACAGAGGCCACCGAGCUGCUGCAGAACAUCCGCCAGGCCAAGGAGCGGGCCGAGCGUGAGCUGGAGAAGCUGCAGAACCGUGAGGACUCUUCUGAAGGCAUCAAAAAGAAGCUGGUGGAAGCCGAGGAACGCCGCCACUCUCUGGAGAACAAGGUAAAGAGGCUAGAGACCAUGGAGCGUAGAGAAAACAGACUGAAGGAUGACAUCCAGACAAAAUCCCAACAGAUCCAGCAGAUGGCUGAUAAAAUUCUGGAGCUGGAGGAGAAGCACCGGGAAGCCCAGGUCUCAGCCCAGCACCUGGAGGUGCACCUGAAGCAGAAAGAACAGCACUACGAGGAAAAAAUCAAAGUGUUGGACAAUCAGAUAAAGAAAGACCUAGCUGAUAAGGAGACGCUGGAGAAUCUGAUGCAGAGACACGAAGAGGAGGCCCAUGAGAAAGGCAAAAUCCUCAGCGAGCAGAAGGCGAUGAUCAACGCCAUGGAUUCCAAGAUCAGAUCCCUGGAACAGAGGAUAGUGGAAUUGUCGGAAGCCAAUAAACUUGCGGCGAACAGCAGUCUCUUUACGCAGAGGAACAUGAAGGCCCAGGAAGAGAUGAUUUCAGAACUCAGGCAACAGAAGUUUUACUUGGAGACGCAGGCUGGGAAAUUAGAGGCCCAGAACCGGAAGCUGGAGGAGCAGCUGGAGAAGAUCAGCCACCAAGACCACAGCGACAAGAAUCGCCUGCUGGAGCUGGAGACCAGGCUGAGGGAGGUUAGUCUAGAGCACGAAGAGCAGAAACUGGAGCUCAAGCGCCAGCUCACGGAGCUGCAGCUUUCCCUGCAGGAGCGCGAGUCCCAGCUGACAGCCCUGCAGGCCGCCCGGGCGGCCCUGGAGAGCCAGCUUCGCCAGGCGAAGACGGAGCUGGAAGAGACAACAGCGGAAGCAGAAGAAGAGAUCCAGGCGCUCACGGCACAUAGAGAUGAAAUCCAGCGCAAAUUCGAUGCCCUUCGUAACAGCUGUACUGUAAUCACAGACCUGGAGGAGCAGCUCAAUCAGCUGACGGAGGACAACGCUGAGCUCAACAACCAAAAUUUCUACUUGUCCAAACAACUCGAUGAGGCCUCCGGUGCCAACGAUGAGAUUGUGCAGCUGCGGAGUGAGGUGGACCAUCUCCGCCGGGAGAUCACGGAGCGGGAGAUGCAGCUCACCAGCCAGAAGCAGACGAUGGAGGCUCUGAAGACCACCUGCACGAUGCUGGAGGAGCAGGUCAUGGAUCUGGAGGCCCUGAACGAUGAGCUGCUGGAAAAAGAGCGGCAGUGGGAGGCGUGGAGGAGCGUCCUUGGUGACGAGAAGUCCCAGUUUGAGUGUCGGGUUCGAGAGUUACAGAGGAUGCUGGAUACCGAGAAACAGAGCAGGGCAAGGGCCGAUCAGCGCAUCACUGAGUCGCGCCAGGUGGUCGAGCUGGCGGUGAAGGAGCACAAGGCCGAGAUCCUCGCCCUGCAGCAGGCUCUCAAAGAGCAGAAGUUGAAAGCUGAGAGCCUCUCCGACAAGCUCAAUGACCUGGAGAAGAAACAUGCCAUGCUUGAAAUGAAUGCCCGAAGUUUACAGCAGAAGCUGGAGACUGAACGAGAGCUCAAACAGAGGCUUCUGGAAGAGCAAGCCAAACUACAGCAGCAAAUGGACUUGCAGAAGAACCACAUUUUCCGUCUGACUCAAGGGCUGCAAGAAGCUCUAGACCGGGCUGACCUGCUGAAGACAGAAAGGAGUGACCUGGAAUAUCAGCUAGAAAACAUUCAGGUUCUCUAUUCUCACGAAAAGGUGAAAAUGGAAGGCACUAUUUCCCAACAAACCAAACUCAUCGAUUUUCUGCAAGCCAAAAUGGACCAACCUGCUAAAAAGAAAAAGGGUUUAUUUAGUCGACGGAAAGAGGACCCUGCUUUGCCCACACAGGUUCCUCUGCAGUACAAUGAGCUGAAGGUGGCUCUGGAGAAGGAGAAAGCUCGCUGCGCAGAGCUGGAGGAAGCCCUUCAGAAGACGCGCAUCGAGCUGCGGUCCGCCCGGGAGGAAGCUGCCCACCGGAAAGCCACAGACCACCCGCACCCAUCCACGCCGGCCACCGCGAGGCAGCAGAUCGCCAUGUCCGCCAUCGUGCGGUCACCCGAGCACCAGCCCAGUGCCAUGAGCCUGCUCGCCCCGCCCUCCAGCCGCAGGAAGGAGUCUGCAACCCCCGAAGAAUUCAGCCGGCGUCUGAAGGAGCGCAUGCACCACAAUAUUCCUCAUCGGUUCAACGUGGGGCUGAACAUGCGUGCCACGAAGUGCGCCGUGUGUCUGGAUACCGUGCACUUUGGACGCCAGGCAUCCAAGUGUCUUGAAUGUCAGGUCAUGUGUCAUCCCAAGUGCUCCACGUGCUUGCCCGCUACCUGCGGCCUACCAGCCGAAUACGCCACGCACUUCACUGAGGCCUUCUGCCGUGACAAGAUGAACUCCCCGGGUCUCCAGAGCAAGGAGCCCAGCAGCAGCUUGCACCUGGAAGGGUGGAUGAAGGUGCCCAGGAAUAACAAACGAGGACAGCAAGGUUGGGACAGGAAGUACAUCAUCCUGGAGGGCUCCAAAGUCCUCAUCUAUGACAGCGAAGCCAGAGAAGCUGGACAGAGGCCGGUGGAAGAAUUUGAGCUGUGCCUUCCCGACGGGGACGUGUCUAUUCAUGGCGCCGUUGGUGCUUCUGAACUCGCAAACACCGCCAAAGCAGAUGUCCCAUACGUACUGAAGAUGGAGUCUCACCCGCACACCACCUGCUGGCCCGGGAGAACCCUGUACUUGCUGGCUCCCAGCUUCCCUGACAAACAACGCUGGGUCACCGCCUUAGAAUCAGUUGUCGCAGGUGGGAGAGUGUCUAGGGAAAAGGCAGAAGCCGAUGCUAAAUUGCUUGGGAACUCCCUGCUGAAACUGGAAGGCGAUGACCGUCUAGACAUGAACUGCACGCUGCCCUUCAGCGACCAGGUGGUGCUGGUGGGCACCGAGGAAGGGCUCUACGCACUGAAUGUCCUGAAAAACUCCCUCACCCACGUCCCGGGAAUUGGAGCAGUCUUCCAAAUUUAUAUCAUCAAGGACCUGGAGAAGCUCCUCAUGAUAGCAGGGGAGGAGCGGGCCCUGUGUCUCGUGGAGGUGAAGAAAGUGAAACAGUCCCUCGCACAGUCUCACCUGCCCGCCCAGCCAGACAUCACGCCCAGCGUCUUUGAAGCUGUCAAGGGCUGCCACCUGUUUGCUGCUGGCAAGAUCGAGGGCGGGCUCUGCAUCUGUGCGGCCACGCCCAGCAAAGUUGUUGUUCUUCGCUACAACGAGAACCUGAGCAAGUACUGCAUUCGGAAGGAGAUUGAGACCUCGGAGCCCUGCAGCUGCAUCCACUUCACCAAUUACAGCAUCCUCAUCGGAACCAAUAAAUUCUACGAAAUUGACAUGAAGCAGUACACGCUGGAGGAAUUCCUGGAUAAGAACGACCACUCCUUGGCACCUGCUGUGUUUGCCUCCUCUUCCAACAGUUUCCCCGUGUCCAUCAUGCAGGUGAAUGGCGCAGGGCAGCGGGAGGAGUACCUGCUCUGCUUCCACGAAUUCGGGGUGUUCGUGGAUUCUUAUGGAAGACGUAGCCGCACAGAUGAUCUCAAGUGGAGUCGCUUACCUUUGGCCUUCGCCUACAGAGAACCCUAUCUGUUUGUGACCCACUUCAACUCACUGGAAGUAAUUGAGAUCCAGGCACGCUCCUCUCUGGGGACCCCCGCCCGAGCGUAUUUGGAAAUCCCCAACCCACGCUACCUGGGCCCCGCAAUUUCCUCGGGGGCGAUAUACCUGGCAUCCUCAUACCAGGAUAAAUUAAGGAUCAUUUGCUGCAAAGGAAACCUCGUGAAGGAGUCUGGCACUGACCACCACCGGGGCCCGUCCAACUCCCGCAGCAGCCCCAACAAGCGAGGCCCGCCCACCUACAACGAGCACAUCACGAAGCGCGUGGCCUCCAGCCCGGCGCCUCCCGAAGGCCCCAGCCACCCGCGAGAGCCAAGCACACCCCACCGCUACCGCGAGGGGCGGACGGAGCUGCGCAGGGACAAGUCCCCCGGCCGCCCCCUGGAGCGGGAGAAGUCCCCGGGCCGGAUGCUCAGCACGCGGAGGGAGCGCUCCCCCGGGAGGCUGUUUGAGGACAGCAGCAGGGGCCGGCUGCCGGUGGGGGCCGUGCGGACCCCCCUGUCCCAGGUCAACAAGGUCUGGGACCAGUCUUCGGUAUAAAUCUCAGCCAGAAAAACCAACUCAUCUUAAUCUGCAGGAAAACACCAAACACACUAUGGAACUCUGCUGAAGGGGACCCAGCACCCACCUGCUCGGCCAGCCCACGGGGCAGCUGGACCCAGACCCACCUUGGCAGCGACAGCUGGCCUCCAGGAGGGCAGGGGCCGAGGCUCUGAGGGGCUGCUGGCACCUCCCUGCAGCCAUCCUCUGUGCACUUUGUUACUCUUUCAAAGCAUUCAUAAACUUUUGUACCUAGCUCCAGCCUGUACCAGUUCAUCAAAGGAAACCAACCGGGGGCUAACUACACUGUGGUUAGAAUCCUACUUAAUAGCUACUUUAAGAUCCUAGGGUUGGUUUUUUGUUUUUCUGUUUUUCUUUCUUUUUUUAAGAUGACAGAAUUCUUAAUAGAUUUGAAUAGCACUGUA